GACGCAUUCUGGCGCGGACCGCGAGCGGAGCCUGCGAGCGCCGCCGCCGGAGAAGACCGACGCUUGCCCGGAGCCAGCCCGCGGCGCCCGGGCCUGGCCGGCCGCUUCCCGCCUCAGCCGCCACCCCCGCCCCCGCCGCCGCAGACGCCGCGGAGGCAGGAGCCGCGCGACGCUCAGCCGCUUGGCCCUGCCCGGCCCCGCGCGGCCCUGAGCCGCGGCGCCGGAGGAAGCCGUCACACUUUCCUUUCCACUGUGGUUUGGGAGCAUGAAGGCGUUGCUUACCCCCUUUGUCUGGUUCACUGUAUGUAGGCUGGGAGUGUCUGCUGAUCACUUGGAGUGCUGUCCCCUAGAACAGGAGGAAUAAGAUUGAGGAGAACAUAAAAGUUCUACUUCAAAUUGUGUCUGGACCUUAAUAAGAGAUUUCAGUUCUGGAAUAGUUUUUGUGUUGAAUAAUUAGAGACUUGUGUUUUGGUUUUUAUUUUGGGAGAUGGGAGGAAUUUUAGGAUAACCUGAUUGUGGAUGUGGUUGUGUGUAGCAGUUUGUCUUAGAAAAGAUUAUUUAUUUUGUGCUCCUUCCCCACAUUUUAUUAUGAAAAAUUUGAAAUAUAUAGAAAAAUUGAAAGAAUUGGUCAGUGAAUCUUUAUGUUAACAUUUUGCUAGUGCUUUUAUCACAAAGCAGUCUGUCUAGCUUUCUCUUUGUCUUUUUUCCCUGUCAAGAAGAAAUGACCUUUAUAGCUAAUAGUAAAGUAGAACAGUCAAGAGAGAAAGAGACAGACAGACAGACAAGUGCAGUACCUGGCGUAUAUUAGACAUAAUAGAGCAAGUUGACAAAUGAGGGAGUGAACGUGAAUGAGUGAAUGAUCUGAAUAGGACAUGCUUCCAGGUCCAGGAUAUAUAUAAUUCCCACCUAAUUCCCUGCCCUUGGGGAUUUACUGUCUGGACUGGAAGUGAGAAACCACAGAAGGCAAAGCACUUUGCCAGGUAGCUCAUAUGAAGGCUUCAGUGAAGGUCAGCAUGGUCAAGCAUGGCUGCUGCUGGAGUUCAGAAGAGGAAGUAUGACUCCAGAACACUGGGGCAGUUGACUGAGACUUCUUGGAAGAAAUGGAGCUGAAACUGGGCUAAGAGGACCCCUGCAGUGGAUCAUGAGUUGGUAAUGCCCACUGAGGACCUCUGGGAGCCAUGUCAGACGAAUCCGCCUCAGGGAGCGAUCCAGACCUGGACCCGGACGUGGAGCUGGAGGAUGCGGAAGAGGAGGAGGAGGAGGAGGAAGUGGCAGUGGAGGAGCACGGCAGGGAUGACGCGGAAGACCUACUGGAUGACCCAUCCCUGGAAGACAUGUGUGGCACUGAAUGUGCCCAGCUGGAGGAAGAUGGGCAGCGGCCACCGCGGUGCACUUCAACUACCUCAUCUCAGUCUGAGCCUUCAGAGCAGCUUAGGCGCCCCCAAGGCAAGAGCCUAGCCUCCGAGGACCCCAAAAAGAAGAGAGCUCAGAAGCCCUCCCAUAUGAGGAGAAACAUACGAAAGCUGCUCCGAGAGGAUCAGUUGGAGCCAGUUACCAAAGCAGCACAACAGGAGGAGUUGGAAAGAAGGAAACGCUUGGAGCAACAGAGGAAGGAUUACGCGGCCCCCAUUCCUACAGUUCCCCUGGAGUUCCUUCCUGAGGAAAUUGUCUUAAGAGCAAGCGAUGGUCCCCAACUGCCUCCUCGGGUCCUUGCCCAGGAAGUCAUUUGUUUGGACAGCAGCAGUGGCAGUGAGGAUGAAAAAAGCAGUCGAGAUGAAGUUAUUGAACUGAGCUCUGGAGAGGAGGACACUCUGCACAUUGUGGACAGCAGUGAGUCUGUCAGUGAGGAGGAUGAGGAAGAGGAGAAGGGUGGCACCCAUGUGAAUGACAUCUUAAACCAGCGUGAUGCUCUGGGGCGGGUCCUCGUCAACCUGAACCACCCUCCAGAGGAGGAGAAUGUCUUCCUGGCCCCGCAGUUGGCACGGGCAGUGAAACCUCAUCAGAUUGGUGGGAUCCGGUUCCUGUAUGAUAACCUGGUUGAAUCCCUGGAGAGGUUUAAGACCAGUAGUGGCUUUGGUUGUAUCCUGGCCCACAGCAUGGGUCUGGGGAAAACUUUGCAAGUGAUAUCCUUCAUCGAUGUCCUCUUCCGCCACACGCCAGCCAAAACUGUUCUUGCCAUUGUGCCGGUUAAUACUCUUCAGAAUUGGCUGGCAGAGUUCAACAUGUGGCUUCCAGCUCCUGAAGCCCUUCCAGCUGACAAUAAGCCUGAAGAAGUCCAGCCUCGCUUCUUCAAAGUUCACAUCUUGAAUGAUGAGCACAAGACAAUGGCAGCUCGUGCUAAAGUGAUGGCUGAUUGGGUGUCAGAGGGUGGGGUGCUGCUGAUGGGGUACGAAAUGUACAGACUCCUCACCCUGAAGAAAUCCUUUGCCACAGGUAGAUCGAAGAAAACCAAGAAACGUUCUCACCCGGUCAUCAUUGAUCUGGAUGAGGAAGACCGACAGCAGGAGUUUCGGAGAGAGUUUGAGAAGGCCUUAUGCCGCCCUGGCCCUGAUGUGGUGAUUUGUGACGAGGGACACCGCAUCAAAAACUGCCAGGCCAGCACCUCACAGGCCCUGAAGAACAUUCGAUCUCGCCGUCGGGUGGUGCUGACUGGGUACCCCCUGCAGAACAACCUCAUUGAGUACUGGUGCAUGGUGGACUUUGUGCGCCCAGACUUCCUCGGCACCCGGCAGGAGUUCAGCAACAUGUUUGAGCGCCCCAUCCUAAACGGACAGUGUAUUGACAGCACGCCUCAGGAUGUCCGCCUGAUGCGCUACCGGAGCCACGUCUUGCACAGCCUUCUGGAGGGGUUCGUGCAGAGGAGAGGCCACACUGUGCUGAAGAUUCAUCUCCCUGCCAAGGAAGAAAAUGUGAUCCUGGUGCGGCUCUCAAAGAUACAGAGAGAUUUGUACACACAGUUCAUGGACCGUUUCCGAGACUGUGGUAGCAGUGGCUGGCUGGGACUGAACCCCCUUAAGGCUUUUUGUGUGUGCUGCAAGAUCUGGAAUCACCCGGAUGUGCUGUAUGAAGCCCUUCAGAAGGAGAGUCUGGCCAAUGAGCAGGACCUAGAUGUGGAAGAGCUUGGCUCAGCGGGAACUAGUGCUCGCUGCUCAUCACAGGGAACAAAAGGCAAGGGGGAGGAUAGCACCUUGGCCUCCUCAGUGGGAGAGGCAACGAACAGCAAGUUCCUACAGGGGGUUGGCUUCAACCCUUUCCAGGAGCGAGGCAACAACAUUGUCACGUAUGAAUGGGCCAAGGACCUUUUGACUAAUUACCAGACUGGGGUCUUAGAGAACUCUCCCAAGAUGGUACUGCUUUUCCACCUGAUUGAGGAAAGUGUGAAGCUUGGGGACAAGAUUCUUGUGUUCAGCCAGAGCCUUUCCACCUUGGCUCUCAUUGAAGAGUUCCUAGGGAAACGAGAAGUGCCCUGUCUACCUGGUGCUGAUGGGCAAGGAGUACAGAAGUGGGUACGAAACGUCAGCUACUUCCGGCUAGAUGGUAGCACCCCUGCCUUUGAGAGGGAGCGGCUCAUUAAUCAGUUCAAUGAUCCCAGCAACCUCACCACCUGGUUGUUCCUUCUGUCUACAAGGGCCGGCUGCUUAGGUGUGAAUCUGAUCGGUGCCAACCGAGUGGUGGUAUUUGAUGCUUCCUGGAACCCUUGCCAUGAUGCCCAGGCAGUAUGUCGGGUAUACCGUUAUGGCCAGAAAAAGCCCUGUCACAUUUAUCGCCUUGUGGCUGAUUUCACCCUUGAAAAGAAGAUCUAUGACCGUCAGAUUUCCAAGCAGGGCAUGUCAGAUCGAGUGGUAGAUGAUCUUAAUCCAAUGCUGAACUUUACCCGGAAGGAGGUGGAGAACCUGCUGCACUUUGUUGAGAAGGAGCCAGCUCCCCAAGCAUCCUUGAACAUAAAGGGGAUCAAGGAACCAGUCCUGCAACUUGCCUGUCUGAAGUACCCUCACCUCAUCACCAAGGAGCCUUUUGAGCAUGAGUCAUUGCUCCUUAACCGAAAGGAUCACAAGCUGACCAAGGCUGAGAAAAAAGCAGCAAAGAAAAGCUAUGAGGAAGACAAGCGCACAUCCGUCCCCUACACCCGCCCGUCAUACGCUCAGUAUUACCCCGCCAGUGACCAGAGCCUGACCAGCAUCCCUGCUUUCAGUCAGAGAAACUGGCAGCCAACACUGAAGAGUGAUGAGAAGCCUGUGGCCAGUGUUCGCCCUGUGCAGUCCACCCCCAUCCCCAUGAUGCCCCGGCAUGUCCCACUGGGAGGCAGUGUAAGCUCUGCCUCCAGCACAAAUCCAGCUAUGAACUUCCCGAUCAACUACCUGCAGCGUGCGGGGGUCCUUGUGCAGAAGGUGGUCACCACAACAGAUAUUGUUAUUCCUGGACUCAACAGUUCCACAGAUGUACAGGCAAGAAUUAAUGCUGGUGAGAGCAUCCAUAUCAUCCGUGGGACAAAAGGGACGUACAUCCGCACCAGUGACGGGCGGAUCUUUGCUGUCCGGGCAACAGGCAAACCGAAGGUCCCAGAAGAUGGUCGGAUGGCUGCCUCAGGUUCCCAGGGGCCUUCUCUCGAAUCCACAAGCAAUGGCAGACACAGUGCCUCAUCACCCAAAGCCCCCGACCCUGAGGGGCUGGCCAGGCCCGUCUCUCCAGACAGCCCGGAGAUCAUCAGUGAGCUCCAGCAGUAUGCAGAUGUGGCUGCCGCGAGGGAAUCCCAACAGAGCUCCCCAAGCUCCAAUGCUGCCCUGCCUGGCCCCCCGGCCCAACUUGUGGACAGCAGUGCUGUUCCUGGGACAGCUCUCGGGACUGAGCCUCGACAUGGGGGUCAUUGCCUCAAUAGUUCCCUCUUAGUGACCGGCCAGCCCUGUGGUGACAGGAACCCGGUGUUGGACUUAAGGGGCCAUAAGCGAAAGUUGGCCACACCACCUGCUGCCCAGGAGUCAGCCCGCCGGCGGUCCAGGAAGGGCCACCUGCCAGCCCCCGUGCAGCCGUAUGAACACGGGUAUCCAGUUUCUGGCGGGUUUGCCAUGCCACCCGUCUCCUUAAAUCAUAACCUCACCGCUCCUUUCACCUCCCAGGCUGGGGAGAACUCCUUGUUUAUGGGCAGUACCCCCUCCUACUACCAGCUGUCCAACUUGCUGGCAGAUGCCCGCCUGGUGUUUCCAGUGACUACUGACCCUCUGGUGCCAGCAGGCCCUGUCAGUUCCUCUUCCACGGCUACCUCAGUCACUGCCAGCAACCCCACCUUCAUGCUCAACCCCUCUGUUCCAGGGAUACUACCCAGCUACUCACUCCCAUUCUCACAGCCACUCCUGUCCGAGCCGAGGAUGUUCGCGCCUUUUCCUUCCCCUGUCUUACCCAGCAACCUUUCACGGGGCAUGUCUGUCUACCCAGGCUACAUGUCCCCACAUGCAGGCUACCCAGCUGGCGGCCUCCUCCGGUCCCAGGUGCCUCCAUUUGACUCUCACGAGGUUGCUGAGGUGGGGUUCAGCUCCAAUGAUGAUGAGGAUAAGGACGAUGAUGUGAUAGAGGUCACUGGGAAAUAGCUGGGGAGCCCCUCUCCACCUCACUUGGGGUCCCCGGCAGGUUGCCCACCAAGCUGAAAGGCAGCAAUCUGGGCUUUCUGAGAAUAGGGCACUUGGCAGGAGGGAAAAGGAAGAGGACAAAGAAAGGUGGUUGACCACAAUGGCAGGGCUCUGUUGCUAUUUAACAUAAGAGGAGAAGAAAAAAAAAAAAGCCAACAGAGCAGCAAUAGCGGGAAAUCAGGGACCCAAAACAGGAAUGGAGGGGCAGGGCAGCCUGCCUCUCUUCCUACCUGCCUUGCUUAUGCUGUGUGCUUGCUUGCUUGCCUGCCAUCUGAGUGUAGAAGCUCACAUCCCAUUUCUGUCUUUGGGAACAUUCUCUCCCAAGAGAGCUGCCUUACUGGGUGACUUAGCUUGGCCUAGAGAGGGAAGGGGAGGGAAGAAGGAUUAAGUGAAGGAGGGUGGGCAGGGAGAGCAGAUUGAGAUUUCAUGUGAAAUGGAGUCCUUUUAGGGACAGGAAAGAAGCAAACCAGGUAUGUAUGUUUGUGUGCGUAUGUGUGUAUGUGUUUAUGUCUAUAUGUGUAUGUAACAGAGCAGGGGUGGCGGUGGGAGGGGAGGGUGGGAGAGACGAAGGGGGAAACUAAAAAAUGAAUUUAUCAUUUUUUAAAUGGAAAUUGGUGUGUGGUGGUUCAUGGCAACUAUUAGUAUGAACAUCGUGUUGAGCCCAGGAGAAGAGCCAUGGAACGCUUAAGUUUCCUUCUAGUUGGGUGAGGAGAAGGCCCAGCUAAUCCAAGUCCCUGGUCUUUAUAGCCACAUCUAUUUUGGAAUUUGGGGGAAAUUAGGAGAGAAAAUGGGCAUUACCAGUCUCUGUGUCUUUCCCCAGUGGUUGUCUCUGAGCAGAUCUCCCUUCACAGGGUGUGAGAUUUGUGUGCAGAGGCUGGGAUGGGCAUACUGCGGUGUGUGAGCAAGAAGUCAUGGAGUGUGACCAGAAUAGACCUUCACAAGGAUAGAACUGAGCCCCCACCUGCCUGUCCUUGUGGCCUUGCCUUUCCUUAGCUUCCCUGCUAGAAAGCUCCAUGUUAAUUUAUUUUUUAUGGGCAAUUAUUUAUUAUUUGGACUUUCCAUGUGUCUUGUUUUUUGGGGGGGUGGAUUUGGGCACGGUAGGAGCUAGGAAGGGCAGUGUUAAGAUCCCCCAGACCCCAUAGGGGUAAAUAAAUCCCAGGUAGAUGGUGAAUUGACCAAGGAAAGAGAGUUAGGCUUGACCAAAGUUUACACUAAAUGACUAUGUUUUCGGGAAACGGCCUCUCAGGAAGAUCAGAGAAUCUUGUGACUGGAUGGUUAGUUGGGGUGAGACUCAUUCCACAGAGAUUGAAACUUGGGAUCAUGGAGUUUGCUACUGGGAAGUCAGUGACCCCAGAUUUGGAGCUGUGUCCUCCUGGGAUGACCUUAGAGGCAGGCCCUCUGUACUCAAUAGUGAAGCUGUGCAUACGUAGGUGACUGCUGGGUUGGAAGAAUAGACUAUUGAUUUCUUGCUGGGAAAUGUUUUGGCCUCCCCAGCCUAUCAGAUGAUCAUUAUGGGAUGGGUGUCUGUUAUCUCUGUCCUCUUUGAAGGAACACGGGGCAGCCCUUCCUCUGUAGGAGCCUUAAGUCUGACUUUUGUCUGAAAAAAUACAUCAGUCGUUCUGGGUCUCCUCUUUCUUGUUGCCAGUGGCAGGGGAGGGGGCAUCUAGUCUUUAAGCAUAAACACUGGCUGUCUUCCUAUUGACUCUUUUUUCCCUCCUGUCACCAAGACUUUGCUAGGCAGUUCUUUAUGAUGAACAAACCUGUCUGGCUUUAGAGUUUUGCCACCUAUUCAUGGGUCCUUCCUCACUGAGCAGCUGCUGCACCUGCCUCUUACCAACCUCGGGGGCAACUUAGCCAGGUCCCUCAUAGUAGCUGCUUCUGCAACCCUUCUGACCAGCCCGUUUCCAUUGUUGGAGGGCUUUAGCACAUUCUGAGGUAUUGUCCUCAGAGAAGAGACAAAGAGAUGGCUGAUGGGGCUGCAUGCGUGUGUGUGUGUGUGUGUGUGUGUGUGUGUGUGCAUGCGCACACGCACGUGCACGUUUGUGUGCUGUCUGGUUGCACCAAAAGUGGAACUUAUGGAGCUUUCACUCUCUGUUUUCAUAGGUACCCUAUCAGACACUUAACUCUCCUACUCAUAGAAGCCUUAGAUCUACAAUUUAGCUAUGCAAAUUAUUUUAAUAAUUUUAAAAUAGCAGUUCCAACCAGUGCUUUUUCUUCCCGAUGCAUCCCAAGAAUGGAUGCUGAAGGGACUCAGUUGGAGUGAGCUCUCAGGUUUGAGACUGGUGCAGUAGGAGAGAGCUAGCCUGGAUCUCUGAUUUGCAGAGCACACUCACAACCUGGGCUACAAAUGAUAGCCUCUAAGGCCCUGGUAUACUAGGAGCCCAGAGACUGUGUGUGUGUGUGUGUGUGUGUGUGUGUGUGUGUGUGUGUGUGGUAGGGAUGGAGGAGUAUGUCUGUGUUCACCUCUAAGAAGUCCUAGCAGUAGGCUCUGAGAAUCUGGAAACUGUCAGCAAGGGAUUGAAAUCAGUUACUGGAAGGAUGGGCCUUUGAAAGUACCAGGAAGUGAAUGGGUAUUCUGAGAGGCAGUAUAUACAUGUUCUCUACUCACUGAUUCCAGGGGCUGGGUCUUGCUUCAGGUCAGAAGAGACAAUAGUUUUGGGAGGCUGAGCUGGCUAGAGAAGGCUUUCUUUAAUAUGUGCAGCUUAUAUUGUAUAGGGGGUAUGGGGUGGGAUCAUGGGAACUUGAAAUGCUACCAGUUUCAUGCUGUAGGUUUUUGUUUUUUAAUCUGAAAAACACUUCUACUUUUCUGCUAUCUCUCUAUGUUUGGUGGUAGGCAAGUGUGCAUGCACACUAAAUAUGUGUGUGAGGGAAGCAGGAAAUGUCUCAGAGCCUUAGAACCAUGUUUUACAGCCUCUUUGAGCAGAAACACUUGAUGGUGGCUUCCACCUACCAUCCAGGCCUGAGUGAGGGAAAGGUGGUAUAUGGGGUGGGGGGUAAGAGGAGGGGUCAGCAGAUUAGGCCCCUCAGCAUUUUCCCUCACCAUUGUCUUCCAUAGGAUGUUUUCAAGGGGCUCUCAAGCCCCACCCAUCUGGUUUAGCCUAAAUCCUCAUGCUAGGGAGGGAAUAUAGUACUGCAUAAUGAUUCAGGAUUACCAUUUGUAAUGAUACUCGGUUUCUUUUUCUUAGUAUUGUUGUGGGUAAAAAUUGAGCCAGAGACAAAGUAGCCAUUUCAGUAAGAAAGUAAGUGAACCAUGUUGGAUCAGAUCAUUGGAUAUCUACCAAAUCCUCACCCCCUUCAAGUUGUGCUUCUUGAGCAUCUCUUUUUGGUCCUUGGAACUCUCUUCCCUAGGAAUUAGUGUGUGGUAUCUCUCUGUAUACUUGUGAUUCAUAACUAAAUAUGAAAUUCCCUUCUCCAGUGUGUUAAGCAAAUUGCUCGGUAAAGUUUUGCUGAUAGGUUGAAACACUCAACCAUACUUUAGCAGUCUGGGUGAGACUGUCGCUCCCAAAGCUGUCAACAGAGCAAGGCCCUCUGUCUCAGUCGGUUCAAUCCUGGCAUUGCUUUGGAACUGAGUCCUCAUCCCAUGGGGAAUGUCUGGUGGGGGGAGGGGGGUUUACAUUCCUUAUUCCUAGUGUUCCUGGCCAUGACCCCCUUUCUCCCACUUCCCAGUUUCCUGUAAUUCCUCAGAAAACUGGUCUCCCUUCUGAGCCAUGGCCUGUGCACCCAGCUAAGUCAUUUUCCCCACAGUAAGCCUCCUCUGAAAGAAGAGCUCUGCCCCUCAACGGACCCCCCCCCCCCCCCAGCAGACUUUCUGACCCUCCUCUGACUUCUACCCAGGAAAUCUGCACCUCGAGACCUGAGAAUGCUGCGCUGUCAGUCACCUGCAGACUCUGUCCCCUUCUAUUGACUCUUCUGCCCUUUGUGUUCCGAUGUGACCCCUUCAUGUCUCUUCUGUGCCACUAGCUUGGCCCUAGGCCUUUUAUGAAUACCCAAGUCUUAACGAUGAACUUCCCAAGCAGGCAGUGUCCAACUUCUUCAUUUUUCAGGGACCUGAGUCUGCCCCUUUCCUCUCACAAGUUGGUUGGAUAUAGUCAUCUAUUGCAUUGGGAAGAGGUAGCCAGGUAGGCUGCAGAGUCUAGUGCAGAGGGCUGGAGGAGAUUUGGGUACUCUGUUACCACUACUGGGAUGAUAUUCAGAAGAGGGGACCUCAUACUGUGACCUGACCCAGGACCCUCCUCUGGAAGAGAGCUCAGCCCAGGUGUGUGUGCACUUGUGUGUGUGUGUGCAUGUGUGUGUGUGCGUGUGCACAUGCAAGAUAGAGUGUGCACUCAUGCACACGGGUGUAAACUGUUAUCUGGUUGUGUUACUCAGGGUGGGCUGGGGACUCACGGGAAAAAUCCCCCUCAGCCUGCCCAAGACUGAUUUUUUUUCCUGUACCCUCUCCAGAAGGGUCAGGGGAAGAGGGUCCAGGUGGGUUGAGGGGGUUGCAGUGGAUAACCACUAAAGGCCACACUGCUGCCGGGAGGAGUGGGGGGAUAUGAAAUGGCCCCAGGGACCUGGCACCUGGCUUUGGUUUUCCGUCUUCUUUCCUCAGGACGCCCCCUGAGGCCCGGGACCUGCUGCGCCUGGCUUUGAGGAGCAUCUGUGGCUGGGUGCUCCAGCUGCUGGUGUGAUCAUGGGCUUCCCUCCUCUCUCAGCAGGGCAGGUGCUCCUGCCCCAGAGACUGGGCAACUGGCUGUUUCUAUGACGUAUUUAUUUUUACUUGUGUUUCAUGUCACUUUUUUAAAAAAGCAAACAGAACAAUUGUUAAGUCAGUAUAACUGCCUAUCAGUUUUCUUUAUUUCUCUUUUUGUAAAAUAAAAUUUAAACUCAA